GUCUGUGCUGGCGGCGAGUGGGGGACCCCGGCGGGGAGCGCUCGGUGGGGGUCUCGCACCGCAGAGGGGAGAACCCCCGAUAAUUCAUGGACAAAGGGUUCACUUUAGGUUUAUCUCUGACGGUUUUGUUUAGUCACAUGACCGGCGCAGCCAAUCGCCGGGCACGCAGGCAGAGCAGGGCAGCCAUAGCAGCGGACGGGGAGCCAGGCGGCCGCCAUUGCUGCUGGCCAUUUGGGGGACGACUGGGGGAGAGAACGCAGUCAAGAUAGGGACGAGACAGCAGGCUCUAUUCAUGUAGAACAAGAAGUCCAAGAAGAAAUUGUUUAAUGGGCAAAAUAACAUUAUGGAGGAGUCCCAGAUAAGUGCUGACAGUACUGAAGCUAAUGAACACCUCAAAGAGGAAACCAAUUUCAACUCUAUCGAGGAGAAUGAUGCCGUAUUUAAGAAAAUACAAGCAAGUCAAUCCUCUUUUCAGAAAAAUAGCUCAUUGUCUGUGCCUGAAUUGUCAAGGGACAGUUUUGAAAAAGCCUUAAGCAAAGUCCAGGGUUCUCGCUUAACACAUGAUGGUGCUCCUACUGUCUCUAGUGAAAACUGUAUCUUGCCUAAAGGAUUUAAUAAUGGACCAGUUUCACACUCCUCAAAUAAGACUUCCAUCCUGACAGCAGACAGUAUUUCAUUAACCACAGACCAACCUAUGGGCUCACAAACCAAUUUGUGUUCAACUUUGAAAGUGGUUUAUGAUGUCCAGCAACCUGCAAAGAACACUGUACAAAUUUCAAGUCAGCAAGUUUUGUUCUUGUUACCUGUCAAGAAAGAAACCCAUUCCAUACUUAAACUUCCUACCUCCUCUUCUGUUGGAUGUGAAACAUCUAAUGGGCAUAGUUUCAGACUGGAUAGCACUUUAGUAGGGCCAAUAGAUAAUGUGUGUAAUGAUCAGAAAUUGUUACCUAGGAAUGAGGUAUAUAUUCAGACACAAGUUUGCCCUCCCAAUGAUUCUAUAGUUGGAAAGCAAACAAAUUUAAAUACUGAGAGGGGCUUGGUAAAUGAUAAAAUGGAAGAGCCUGAAAAGAAUUGUGUUGUAAAGGUAGAAAAAAAGCGAAAGCGAAAAAUGGAUGGUAGUAAGAUAACUCGUUGCUAUUCAGAAGAUGCUUAUAAUGAUGUAAAUUACAUUUCCAAGAAAUCAAAGCUAUUAAAUUUAGAUAUGAUGGAACACAGUGAUGGGGAGCAAGUAGUGGCUCCACACAAAUUUGAAUUAAUGAACAUAAAAUCUGAAUCUUCUCUUGAUGACACGGAAGAACAUCUUCCAAAAGAAGCGAUAGAAGCUAUCAAUCAUUAUAUCUAUAGUCCAGUCUGCGAUUACUCUGGGGAAACCUCACCCAUUCAUGUUGACUCAUUCUUUCCCAGUGACUCACCAUCACCUCCAACAUGCACUAGUGAUCAAGAGCCAUCUUUUUAUCCCUGCACAAAAUGCAAUGUUAAUUUUAGGGAGAAGAAACACCUUCAUAGGCACAUGAUGUAUCAUUUGGAUGGGAAUAAUCACUUUCGUCACCUCAAUGUUCCAAGACCAUAUGCUUGUAGGGAAUGUGGACGAACAUUUAGAGACCGUAAUUCACUUCUUAAACAUAUGAUUAUUCAUCAGGAACGACGGCAGAAACUGAUGGAAGAAAUCCGGGAAUUAAAAGAGCUCCAAGAUGAAGGUAGAAGUGCUCGGUUGCAAUGUCCACAGUGUGUAUUUGGAACCAACUGUCCAAAGACUUUUGUGCAGCAUGCCAAAACCCACGAGAAAGACAAACGUUAUUACUGUUGUGAAGAGUGUAACUUUAUGGCUGUUACAGAAAAUGAAUUGGAGUGUCAUAAAGGUAUUGCUCAUGGGGCAGUGGUCAAAUGUUCUGUUUUGACUUCAGAUCUCCCACAGAGAAAAUAUCAGAAAAAAUCCUUGAAAAAUUCAUUUUUCCUUCCCUCCAAAAAACCUGCAACCUAUGUUUGUAAGAUGUGCCCUUUUGCCACAUCUGCCCGUAAUAUUUUACGGAAACACAUUGAAUAUGUACAUCCACCAUCUUCCAUUGACCAGUUUAAUGGUCCUCUUAUACUUAAACAAGAACGCUUUUCAGAUAAUGAACUCCUAGAUAGCGAUACUGAGACUAAAGAGUUUGCUAAACACCCCCCUUCUUUUCCAAAGAAUUCUGUCUUAAAACAGGAUAUGAAAAGACCCUACGGCUCCAUUGGUCAAACCCACACUUUUACAAAGGUGUACAGAAAAAACAAAAUACAAAAAGCUAGAAAAAGUGCUGCCCAAUCUGCUGUUUGUGGUCCUUCAAUGUCUCCAAAUAAAGCUCUACUUUUCACUAGCAAUGACCAAAAACACAGGUAUCUUCAGAUGAAGCAGAAGCAUGCAAGGAUGAACCAUGCCUACAGAUACAAUCAAAAGUGGGAUAGCUACAAAUCAUUGAAGAAAUCAAAUGAUGUAUACCCACUGAGCUUAAAAAAGCAAGAUGAUAAUUCUAGCAACUCUUUACAUUUGCUUUCAAAGUCACCCAACCUUCAAGAAGAAUGCUUAAUUAUGGAUCCUCAUAACAGACAUCCAGGUAGGCUUGUUGGUUUUAAAGAUCGGGUAGCAGUCAAGAGGGUACGUAAAUCCGAUCUUGAACAGCCAGUCACAGAAGAAGACAUGGAUAGUUAUCCUGAUUUCCUUCAAAAAAUGACCUAUGUUGUACUUAAGAAACUUGACUCGUCUGAAAAAAAGGAUGACUAUGAUGGAUGGGAGAAUAGCGACCUUUGUGAUUAUAGCACAGAAUCACCAGAUGAUACAUAUAACAGUCCAACAAAAAAAACAGUUUACCCAGUGUUCAAAGACAAAACGAAAGAUCAUCAUAGUGAGGACAACAGCUUGCAUUAUAAUAACGAUGGCUAUUAUUUUGAGUAUUAUGAUGAUGGUGAGGAGGAGGAUUAUUUGCAUGAUAUGUCCAGUACUGAUAAUACAGAAAAUGCGGACUCUGUAUUACCAAGCCACAGUUCUAUAUUUCAUUGGAGCGAUUUGACUCUGGAAAAAAAAUCCUGUCCAUACUGUCCUGCAACUUUUGAAACAGGCGUUGGAUUAUCAAAUCAUGUUCGUGGACAUUUACAUCGAGCAGGUUUAACUUACGAAGCUCGCCACGUGGUGUCUCCAGAACAAAUCGCAACGAGUGAUAAAAUGCAGCACUUCAAGAGAACUGGAACACCAGCAAAACGUGUUAGAAAAGUUAUAGAGAAAUCAGAGAGUCCCUCUGAGCAUACCUGCUUACUCUGUGGAGGUUGGUUUGAUACAAAAAUUGGUUUGUCAAAUCAUGUUCGUGGUCACCUGAAAAGACUUGGCAAAACAAAGUGGGAUGCACACAAAUCGCCCAUCUGUGUUCUGAAUGAAAUGCUGCAGAAUGAAGAAAAGUACGAGCAACUCCUGAAAGUCCUGAAUAACAGGCGUCCUGUUCACAGGCCGUUCUCCGCGCACAAACCUUCCAAUAAUAACUUCUCAAAAUCCAGUUCUGCACACCCCGACACACAUCGCAACGGCUUAAAAACUGAUGCUAUAUCUGAGCAAAUGUUGCAAGAAGGGGUGCACUUAAAUGAGUGUGGAGAGGCAGCUGGGCCUGGUGAGAAGGAUAAACCUCUUUCACUAAUUGAACUUCUUAAAAUGAGAAAAUCAGGUGAAGAAAAGAACACUGAAUCUUCUCAAAAGGUCAAUCAAACUGCUAGAAAGAGGUUCAUCCAGAAAUGCCUUCACCCACUAGACGAAGACUGUUCAUUGAUGUGCAGUUCCCAAAAGAGCUUUGACUUUGCUUUUCCACCAGGUUUGUCUGCGAAGCAUAAGACCUGUGUGAAUUGCAAUACAACGUUUUCAAGUGCUGUUAGCCUGUCUAACCAUAUGCGAGCUUAUUCCCGGAAGAAGACUGCUGGACUGUUGACUGGAACAGUAUUAGAUUGCAAGCAAAAGAAGUCAAGAUCGAGGUCUGGAAGUAAGAAGAAAGUCCUGCAGUUACCACAUAGUGCGGAUGAAGUUUACAUUUUGCGAUGCAGGUUUUGUGGUCUUGCCUUUCGUGGACCCCUGUCUGUACAAGAAGAUUGGAUAAAGCACUUGCAGCGUCACAUUGUCAAUGCAAAUCUUCCACGGACUGGAGCGGGCAUGGUUGAAGUGGAACCCCUACUAAAGAAGCCCUCCUCAAUUUCUGAAACAAAUUUCUCUUUAAUAAUGGCAGAAGCAGCGACAUAAGAGCAUAAUAUUAACUAACAUGGUUAUGUUGGAUGUACAUUGGGACUUUUAUUCAUUUUUUUUUUUUUUCCCCUCUUUGUAAGACCACGUUGCUACUAUUGUUUAUAAUACAAAGGAUAAAAUAAAUACUGAUGUGCCGUAACAUUAGGAUGUACUCUCACAAACACUGUGCUUCCUACACGUUGGAAGUACAGCAUGAUGCUAGAAUAUAUGCCUUUUCCAAAUGUUAGACCAUAUUGUAAACUGAAAUCCCCACUGAUAAUGAAAAUACGUCCCCAUAAAAAAAUCUAUACUGAGAUCAAGGAAACUUAUUGGUUAAUUUAGGGCAUUAAGUAUUACCAUAAACUGCUAAAGACUGUUCCAUUUACAUAGGGCAAUCAGUACUAUUCUGUACAGAUAAUAUGUAUGUUUUUGUUUGUUUGUUUUUUUAAAUGACAGACUCUUUUGUACUAAAAAAAAGAAAAGUGGAGGGUGGAUUGUUUAACAGAUAUUUCUGAAAAGUGUAAAUAGUACUGGAAAUUAUUUGUUGUAAGGAAAUACUUUUUAUUUCGGUCACAUUUCUCACUAACUGGUGCAUCCAUGCUACCUCCUACUUUGUCAACAAAGAUAUAUUUACCCAAUGAUUUCUCUUCUUUUUUUUUUGUGUAGAUUUUGAGGAAUCUGUUUGUUUUUUUGUUUUUUUUUAAUAGCAAAAGAAAUUUAAGAAAUUGACCCGAUAUAUCCAUUUCUUUUUAAUGUUCUCGUAGUCAUUUAUUCUACUUGGUAUUUUAUUAAAACCAUUUCUGUACAAGUAGCUUUCUCAUCACACUGUUUUUAAAAUUCAUUUACGCUCCACACUUGAGCAUUUUAGCAAAUGUUUAAUAUUUCAACAUAUGAGAAUGUUUACAAUGAAAUUUUAGAACUCGUUUUGGAUGUGAUUGUGUAUGGAAAUUGUGUAACACUAUGCUCAUGCUAAGGGCCUACUUGCAGAAAUAUUGAAAUAAAUGUGUUGUGAGGAUGGAA